UUCUAGAUUGGUGGCUCCCAAUCCCUGUGUCAGUGUGGGUUUACUCCAGGUGCUCCGGCUUCCUCCCACAGUCCAAAGACAUGCAGGUUAAUUGGUGACUCUAAAUUGUCCGUAGGUGUGAAUGUGAGUGUGAAUGGUUGUCUGUCUCUAUGUGUCAGCCCUGUGAUAGUCUGGUGACCUGUCCAGGGUGAACCCUGCCUCUUGUCUAAUGUCAGCUGGGAUAGGCUCCAGCCCCCCAACGACCCCCAACAGGAUAAGCAGUUAUGGAAAAUGAAUGAAUGAACAAGCCAAAAAGGUUUCAGAACAACUGUUGUAGAUGUUAAUAUCCAGUCCUUCCUCAACCAGGUGAAGGUCAUGGAUCAUAUAUAUUUCGCGAAUACUUCAACAAAAUAAAGACUUUGAUUAAUUUUGUUCCGCACUUCUUCUUGUAUUUAUAUCUGACGCCAGAUUUUGUCUUUCCAUCUCAGAACAUGACCAGUUCAUUGGAGAGGGUCGUGGCCCAGAAGAAGGAGGCCAUCGAGGCGGUGAUGGACAUGUUUGAAAAGGGGGCCGAGGUGUUGGCGAGCGCGGUAGGCGAGCUCUUCCCCAUCUGUGAGGCAGCCGCUCCAGUUCUCCGUCUGGCCUUAGACAAUGUCCACAGCAAAGAGGUCUUCUACGUCAAAGAGCAGUUCCUGACGGUGAGGAACAAACUGGAUGUCCUCUCCUCCCAACUGGAAGACAUCGACUGUGAGAUCAAGAAGGGGCGACUGGAUUCCCAGUACUUCUCGGUAGAGGAGAACAUAAGGAACCAGUUUCGGAAAUAUGUGGACAUCUUGGAGGCGAAGCAGCAGUUCAAGGAGGUGAAGACCAGACUUUUUGUGGAACACUUUGCCAAAACUGGAGGAGAGAAGAACCUGUUUGUGCUGUAUGAUGCUCUGAUGGGAGCAAACAGCUUUGGAGAGUCGGUUUUAGAGGUGGUCGAAAGGUAUGUUGCAAGGAACCGUCGACUCCUUGAAGAUUUCUGUGUACGCAUGAAGGAGCUCUUCUGUUUGGGCUUGAUUGCUCUGCUGGGCCACUGUGCCUUAACCCAGGGCCAAGAGGAAGAAGACGACAAAAUCCAGGAGUGGAGCAGCAAAAUUGAAGAAGUCGAGUCCAGGAUGAAGACAACCAUCGAGUCCUGUAUCGCUGCCUUCCCAGAGCAGGCUAAAUUAGACGCCCAGCGCCUCCUGCAUGAAAAGGGAGAAGAGAACCUGCAAGUCACGACUCAGCAGCUUCUUGAGUUCUUGGUGAAAAAGUACGACUGGGUCAGCUGGUCUGUGCGGCUAAUCAACCAUUCAGGGAGCACCUACCGGAACUGGCGAGCAGGGGAGCACUUUCACCACGUGGCGGGACAGAACUGGUUCGAGGUGCUCCAGGUGAACAACAUCAACCUGGUGGUGUCGUACAGCAGCAAACCGCAGCCAGUGCCCCGUGACUGCAUCCAGCAGGUGAUGGAGAACCAGGGGAAGAAAGGAAACGCCCCGGCGGUGGUGGAGGUGUUGGAGAAGCAGCUGUGCGGGUUUGUGGUUCACGCCGUCAGUCGCCACAAGCAGUCCGCAGCUGCGUGGAGCUUUCCGGAAGACUGUCACUACUGGGAGAGACACAAGAAUGUUGCAGUGUGUGUGCACUCAGAGUAAAGCUGACACGUGUUUAAGAGUCUAGGAUUUGACAGCAGAGGGGUGUGUUUAAACUGAGAUACUGUAGAUUUGUGCAGCUUGUCCGUCUGCAAGAGUGAGCUGAGAUUAUCAGCAUGUAAGUUUAACUUAAAUUAAAAUAAUGAAUCUUAGAAACUGGGGAUGCACCGAUCUGACGCACAGGAUAGAUGUCAGUGACGAUACUGAACGACCAGAUGUAACCACAUUAAACCUGUUUCUUAGUCACGUUUUCAUAAAAGUCAUUUCACCUUUAUUGCACUGAAUCACUGACUGAAUCUGGAGCACCACAGAUCCCUUGUGCUCAGUGUUGUCCUAUUUAUCAGUAUUUUUCAGCAGUAUUUGUUCACUCUAGUUCACUCUUUUUGGGAUGAGCUUCUGUAACUAAAUACAUAAUAACUCACAACUUUUACUUACAGUUAAGAAGUACAGUACAGUCAGUGGUGGAAGAAUUAUUAUCAUUUACUUAAGUAAAGGUAGAACAUUGUAAGGGUUAGGUCCAUUACAAGUAAACGUCCUGCCUUCAAAAUCCUAAGUAAGUAAGUAAGUAAAAAAUACAGCAGUAAUAUCAGCAAACAAAAAAUGAAAAUAAAUUUACACAGUUAGUUUUAGUCUAGUGUUUCCAAACCCAGUGGUCGUGCCUCUCUGAGGAAGUCACAACAUAGAAAGAAAGCAGUAGAAAGCAUCGAUACAGGGAGUGCAAAGCCGCUGCGUUUGAAAACGCUGCUAUCUUGCCAGGUGAUCACUCUUGAAUGAAACCAUCUUUGAAAUCUCUUUGGUCGUUGCUAACAACUUGUAAACAUCUAGAACAUGUCGCAGAGCCCCUAUAACAUUGUUUAUCUGCAAUAGGUCACAAGCCUUAAAGGUUGGGCACCACUGGUUUGAUCUUAAACAACACAUUGUACUUGUAGAAAGAAAAAAAAACACAUUAAACAUAACAAAAAUU